UUUGUGCACACAGAUUUACAAAACUGUGAAUCUUCAAAGGUAGAUUAGUCUUAGAUUGUAACAAUUCAUUUGAUCAAAGUGGAACUAUUUCUGAACUGCACAGUCGCAGGGCGGGUCAUAGGGUCAACACUUGCUCAAACAUUUUCAUUCUAUAAGUGUCAUCUUAUUAUGUACAUGUACAUGCAAGAUGGGCCAACACAUGAUCAGAUGUAUUCAGUCUUUCAACACUCGACUAUACUUUCAUUUCAUAUACAGUAUGUUUUUAAUUCAAAUGUUCAGCAGUAAGUGUGUCACAAACGUUCACUAUGACGCACUGAAAUUGACUCUCCAUUGUUUGACCGCGGAAGUAACAUUGGUGCAGUCGCUAGGCAACUAGAGUGGCUCUCUCUGGGCAGCUUGCUAAACUGAGAAUCUGUAACUCCUUCAGAAACAAUACGGAACUUAGUUGGGGUAGUAGUAGUUUGUUGGUAUCAGUUGAGGAAAUUGAAGAAUAUGUUUCAUCUUAAGUGGGAAACAUAUAUCUCCACUAUACAAUACUAACGAAUACGAAAAUGGAACAUAAUUUAUUAUGUGAUCAUGUUUUUUUUAAGAUUAUUGUUGUAACACUUCAUUUGCAGAGAUUGCCAGGGGAGACACUGCCUCACUUGCCUCCCCUGACCACCUGUCCCUGGUUGGAGGGUUCCCUGCACUCCCUUUUGUUCUUUUUGCUAACUUCUAGCCCUGUGAUCAACUUGCUGCUGCUUUGAAGGUUCCCAUGAACUACCCAACAUCAUCUGUAUAUGGAAGAACACCAUGAGAAACUAAAUGCUCUGGUCUGAUUCGACAAAAGCUUGCAACAUUUGGCGUGAAUGUCAGGUGUCAGGUAUGGAGGAAAGUUGCCGAAAUUACUAUGUGACUUCCGCAACACGUCAGUAAUAAAAUCCUACACUUAAUAAAGGAGGAGGAGGGGUCCAGUCAAAAUUCAAAACGCUAUAAAUAGUCACGCUGCAUCUGGAAAAAGAAUGAAUAAAAUACGUACAACCUGUCGAGGAAUCGUCAUACAGCACCACGUUGAAUUUCAAUACACUUAUUUUGAAAGCAAAACAUUCCCAAUUCCGGUUGCAUCCCGGCAAACAUUUGCUACAGCUGGAAGCUACUGUGAUCGUUCUACAUAUUCCAAUCACUUCAUAAAUUAAAGUAAAAAAGAAAAAAGAAAAAAGGACUUAUUUAUAGACGUUACAGAAAAUGGUGGCCAAACAGAGGAUCCGCAUGGCGAACGAGAAGCACAGCAAGAACAUCACGCAGAGAGGAAACGUGGCCAAGACGCUGCGACCACAGGAGGAUAAGUAUCCAGUGGGCCCCUGGCUGCUUGCCCUUUUUGUAUUCGUUGUGUGUGGAUCAGCCAUAUUUCAGAUCAUCCAGAGUAUCCGUAUGGGAAUGUGAUCCAGAGACAGUACCUUGAGCACACCUCUGAUACCACCCACGCCCCUCCAAAAGGACCAAGGGACCGGCAACAGGCUUCACAGAGAGAGAGCAAGAUUGCCUCCCAGCCCGUACAUUGACUAGCAUCGCCUCCGCCUUGUUCUCAUUUGCAGUGUUGCAAUCUGUGGUGCUGACAGCUUUUCUAUGGACAGUCUCAAACCACGCCGGCUGUGUCUUGUUAAUCACUUGGCUCAUAUCUGUGUGAACGUGCGCACAUCCAAGUGUGCACGAGUACAAAUGUGAGAGACUGUUUAUGCACAUGAACGUGAUUCCUGCUGACGAUGUGCCAUACUUGCCUGUUGCAGCAUUCAUCUGUCUUGUGUGAGAAGACGCUUUUUAUUCUAAUAAAUGUUGUGCAUUUAGCAAGGGCUUCAUUUUGUAGCCUCCCUCGCUGUGUCACACCCAUUGGACUGACCUUCCUCCCCAAUUACGAAGCAACCAAGCCACAAAUCAACAGACGCUUAUUUAGCAUUUUAAUGAAAGUUGAGUGCAGCUUUCAAGUGCAAUUGCAGUAUGUUAUGUUACAACUUCUCAUCCAGUCUUGCAGAAACAUGCACAAAACAUGAGCAUACAACCGAUACA